GGCGGGGCGGGGGCUGGGCCUGAGGUCUGAGCCAGAGCUGGGAGCCCUGCGACAUGGAGUGCUGGCUGGUUCUGCUGCUCUGGGGUCUCCCACAGAUGUGGGCAAGUCCUGACGCUCUGCGCCCUCCCGGGCCCUCUGAUCGCCACUUUCCGGCCGCGCCUCCAAGCAGCACCCGCCUCCGCGUCCUCCAUACCUCGCCCUUUGCCAACAGCAGCUGGACGCGCACAGAUGGCUCUUUCUGGCUGGGGGCGCUGCAGACCCACUCUUGGAGCAAUGGCUCAGACAUCAGCUUCCUGAGGCCCUGGUCCCAGGGCAAGUUAAGCGACCAUCAGUGGGAGCAGCUGCAGCAAGUGUUCUGGGUGUACCGGAGCAGCUUCACCAGGGAAAUCCGGGGAUUCGCCAAAAUGCUGCACUUGGACUAUCCCUUUGUGGUCCAGGUGUCCGCGGGGUGUGAGGUGCAGCCUGGAAGCCCCCUAAAAAGCUUCUUCCACUCGGCAUUUCAAGGAAGCGAUAUAUUGAGUUUCCAGGGAACUUCUUGGGUGCCAGCCCCCGAUGCCCCACAUGGAGCUGAGGUGGUCAGCAACGAGCUCAACAAGGACCAAUACAUCAGGGACACAUUAGAGUGGCUCCUCAGUGACAUUUGCCCCCAAUUAGUCACGGGCCUCCUUGAAGCAGGACAGCAGGAUCUGGAGAAGCAAGUGAAGCCCGAGGCCUGGCUGUCCAGUGGCCCCCCUCCUGGCCCUGGCCGUCUGCUGCUGGUGUGCCACGUCUCAGGAUUCUACCCAGAGCCUGUGUGGGUGAGGUGGAUGCGGGGGCAGCAGGAGCAGCCCGGCACUCAACAAGGGGACGUCCUGCCCAAUGCUGACGAGACCUGGUAUGUCCGAGUGACCCUGGACGUGGCGGCUGGGGAGGCAGCUGGCCUGACCUGCCGAGUGAGACACAGCAGCCUCGGAGGCCAGGACAUCGUCCUCUACUGGGCAGAGGGGAGUCAUGUGCCGGUGGGCUGGAUCGUCGCAGCAGUACUGGCAUCCCUCCUUCUGGUAGGCGGAGGCGUAACCUUCUGGCUUAAGAAGCGCAGGUCAUAUCAAGACAUCCUGUGACUAUCCUCGCCACACCUGUCUGCAACUCAGGAUCUCUGGUUCCCAGGACUUCCCUACCCAGGACUGGAGGAUGAAAGAGAGGUGCCUCGAGGAAGCAGAGAACAAUCCCAAGACAGCUCGCAUCACACCCCUUGGCUACUUUAAGAGAAUUUAAGCAUCCUGCCUGUUUAGAAGCUCACGUGGUUCUUAAGAACAGAAGUGCAAACUCAGAUACCUACCAGGGACAAGCAGAGAAGGGCCGAAGCGCGGGCACCUGUGGCCAUUGUUUAAACACUAGAGUCUGCAGAGACCUGGAAAGCACUUGUCCUGUACAAGGGAAGCAGAUUCCUUGUUGUCAAAUAGGAAGUCAGACCCUGGGUUGGCUGUGACCUACAUUUUUCAAGAAAAGCGGAAGUCUGGAUUUUCAUGUGAGCAUACCUGAUAUUAAAAUAUUGACUCAAACUUUUACACAGUUUAGGGUGUGGAACCCCAAAUACACCUCUGCUAGUUAACAACAACUUGUGGCGCUUUCAGUUUGUAUCUUUUGGGAAAGCUUGUGGUGAAUGUCAAUAUUGGCAGUUUGAGGACAUAAUUUCCAUUGUGAAUUUGGAUUUAUAAAGGAUAUUUCAUCUUUAAAAAGAAAGUUAGGUCAAGGAAACAGAGGUAUCCCGAGCUUUUAUGUAACUUGAUUAAGAGAGGAGAGAUCCUAGUGUGUGUGUAGGAUAUGGAAAGAACGACUCUGGGGAGGGAUAUUUCUCACCAGUGGGCAGUCAUUUUAAUCAGACUGGAAGAGGCAGUCAUGAAGAGACCCCCCAAACAGGCUCUCUUACUUCUAGCUAAUGAGGCAAUGCACGAAAGGGGCUGAUCAUACCUGGGCAAGCCUGAGGUGUAGUGAUGUCGGCCUAGCUGUCUUCGUGCUUCUUAGACAGGAGGUAACAGGAAGCUAAGAGAACAGCAGACCUUUCUGGAGCCCAGAAAUGAAAAGGUCAAGUUAAAAUGAUCAGUUGGCUCUCAGGAAAGUCGCCUCUAGGCACUCCAGGGCUCUGAACAUCCAGAAACAGAGAGGCUGCCCUUUGGAAGAGUCUUUGCUUGAGGAAAUGAAGAUUUGGCUUCUUCUCUGCUGGACUUGCAGGUCAAACCUAGAAUGCAGGUGAAGAACCUGCUGGCUUCUGAACCAAUGGUUCCCAAAUUGUGGUUUCCUGACCAGUGGCCUCGGCAUCACCUGGGAACUU